AUGUCCUCAGAUCCCGUCCCCGUCUUCAAGAAACGUGCUCGUCCACCCCCCCGCACACGACAGCUGUUGUCUCAUGAUGAGGAUGAUACCCCUGCUGCUGAGGCUCCUGAAAAACAGGUGCAGGAUGAGGAGAAGCUAGAUAUCGCAGAUUUGAUUGAGCUGCGCAAACUCAGGAAAGCAAGGGAGGGUAUUGACGCUGCUAAGCUCACGAAGGGUGACGUGAAGAAGAAACGCAAGCGGCCUAAGGAGGCUGAGGAGGAAGCGUACGGACUCAGACCAGGUGCCUCGACCCAAGAUAAGGAGGACGAUGAGGAUGUCGAAGACACCGAAGCCAAAGCACGGAGGGUCGUACGCACAAACAACUUCACCCAGCAAACCAAUGCGCUUGAUGUCGACAAACACAUGAUGGCGUAUAUUGAAGAGAACAUGAAGCUACGUCGGGGUGCGAAAGACGACGACAAGAAGGAUGAAGGCCCAGCGGAUCCCUACGCUGAGUUGUUCCGCCUUACGAAGGCUGCACAGAAGAAGGAGGAGGAAGGGAACGUUACGAACAGUCUUGCCAUGCUGACUGCGAUACCGGAGGUUGAUCUAGGCAUGGAUACACGACUCAAGAAUAUCGAGGAGACGGAAAAGGCCAAACGCCAGAUAUCCGAACUGCGUAAAGAGCGGUCAAAGAAAGCGGACGACGAAGCCCAUCUCGCGGCAGCCCGUUUCUAUCGUCCCAACCUCAAAGCGAAGUCGGAUGCGGAUAUCAUGCGUGAUGCUAAGCUCGAGGCGAUGGGCCUUCGUCCCGACGAUCACGAGUAUCGUCGACCAUCGGAUAGGGCACAGAUGGCGACGGACGAGAUCCUGACGCACUUGCAUCAGGUGAUGGAGAGGUUCAAGAAGAGGAUGCGUAAAUGA